AUGGUCUCCAUCCACGACAAGCUGGCUCGGGCCAAGUACGAGGAGAAGCUCAAGGCUACCAUCCUCGCCCUCGCAAAAAGCUGCUAUGGUCAGGGUCAGCCCUCAGACAUGACGUUCGACGUUGUGACUGGCUUCGACGACAACGAGAAGCCCACCAUGCUCGCCUGGGUCAUCUCCUACAACAAAUUAGAUUGCGACAAACUGGAUUGGGAGCCUUGUAUGGGGUCCGAGAAUUGCUCGAGCAUAGAGGAUGCCUAUCAGUCGCUAAUUCGGGGCUUGCAAUCCAAAAUGGUUGAUCUGAUGGCGGCCAAAUACGAGCAUAAUAUGAGAUUGGCGGAAUAUUUGGGCACCGAUUAG